GCGCCCCGCCCGCGGGCCGCCGGGCGAGAAGGAGGAGGGAGGAGGUAGAGACGGCGCUCAGCUUGGCUGCCGGCCGCGAGCGGGCGGCGUGGGGUCGCUGGCCCGUGGGGACGAGGACGCCCGAUCUCCGAGCUCCGCGGACCCCUCGGCCCCGACACCGCCCCUCCCUGCGCCGCCCUCCCUGCGCCGACGCCGGCGGCUGGGCGAGGCCCCGCGCGCCCUCCCGCGCCCGGCUCGCCACCCUGCGGAGCCGGCGGCCCGGCCCCAGCGCCCUCGCGCCCCGCGCCCGCGGCCAUGGCCGGUAACGUGAAGAAGAACGCGGGGCCCGGGGGCGGCGGCGGCUCCGGGGGCUCGGGCGCGGGCGGCCUGAUCGGGCUCAUGAAGGACGCCUUCCAGCCGCACCACCACCACCACCUCGGCCCCCACCCGCCGGGCGCCGUGGACAAGAAGAUGGUGGAGAAGUGCUGGAAGCUCAUGGACAAGGUGGUGCGGCUGUGUCAGAACCCAAAGCUGGCGCUAAAGAACAGCCCGCCUUACAUCCUAGACCUGCUGCCAGACACCUACCAGCACCUGCGCACUGUCCUGUCAAGAUAUGAGGGGAAGAUGGAGACACUUGGAGAAAAUGAGUAUUUUAGGGUGUUCAUGGAGAAUCUGAUGAAGAAAACUAAGCAGACCAUAAGCCUCUUCAAGGAGGGUAAAGAAAGAAUGUAUGAGGAGAAUUCUCAGCCUAGGCGAAACCUGACCAAACUGUCCCUGAUCUUCAGCCACAUGCUGGCCGAGCUGAAGGGCAUCUUCCCCAGCGGACUGUUCCAGGGCGACGCGUUCCGCAUCACCAAGGCGGACGCCGCCGAGUUCUGGAGGAAAGCCUUCGGGGAAAAGACGAUAGUCCCUUGGAAGAGCUUCCGACAGGCCCUCCAUGACGUGCAUCCCAUCAGUUCUGGGCUGGAGGCCAUGGCUCUGAAGUCCACUAUCGAUCUGACCUGCAAUGAUUAUAUUUCAGUUUUUGAAUUUGACAUCUUUACACGGCUCUUUCAGCCCUGGUCCUCUCUGCUCAGGAACUGGAACAGUCUCGCUGUGACUCACCCUGGUUACAUGGCUUUCCUGACAUAUGAUGAAGUAAAAGCUCGGCUCCAGAAAUUCAUUCACAAACCUGGCAGUUACAUAUUCCGGCUGAGCUGUACUCGUCUGGGUCAGUGGGCUAUUGGGUAUGUCACUGCUGAUGGGAACAUUCUCCAGACAAUUCCUCACAACAAGCCUCUCUUCCAAGCACUGAUUGAUGGCUUCCGGGAAGGCUUCUAUUUGUUUCCUGAUGGACGGAAUCAGAAUCCCGACCUGACAGGCUUGUGUGAGCCGACGCCCCAAGACCACAUCAAAGUGACUCAGGAACAAUAUGAAUUAUACUGUGAGAUGGGCUCCACAUUCCAACUGUGUAAAAUAUGUGCCGAGAAUGAUAAGGAUGUGAAGAUCGAGCCCUGUGGACACCUCAUGUGCACGUCCUGUCUUACGUCCUGGCAGGAAUCAGAAGGCCAGGGCUGUCCUUUCUGCCGAUGUGAAAUUAAAGGUACAGAGCCCAUUGUGGUAGAUCCGUUUGAUCCGAGAGGAAGUGGCAGCCUGUUGAGGCAAGGAGCAGAGGGAGCUUCUUCCCCAAAUUAUGAUGAUGAUGAUGAUGAACGAGCUGAUGAUUCUCUCUUUAUGAUGAAGGAAUUAGCUGGUGCCAAGGUGGAGCGGCCCCCCUCUCCGUUCUCCGCGGCUCCACAGGCGCCCCUGCCCCCUGUGCCGCCCCGACUGGACCUGCUGCAGCAGCGCUUGCCCGGCCCUGUGGGCGCUGGCCUGGGAGCGGCUCCUAAGGCCGCUGGCGCCCUGCAUAAGGACAAGCCCUUGCCAGCGCCCCCCACCCUGAGAGACCUGCCGCCACCGCCCCCUCCCGACCGGCCUUACUCCGGGGGGGCGGAGGCCCGGCCGCAGAGGCGCCCCUUGCCCUGUACUCCCGGCGACUCUCCGUCCAGGGACAAACUGCCCCCCGUCCCCUCCAGCCGCCUUGGGGAGUCCUGGCUGCCUCGGCCAGUCCCCAGAGUGCCCGUCGUCACCCCGAGCCCUGGGGAGCCCUGGGCAGGACGGGAGUUGACCAACCGGCACUCCCUGCCCUUCUCAUUGCCCUCCCAAAUGGAGCCCAGAGCAGAGGGGCCUUGGCCUGGGAGCGCCUUCAGUCCGGAUGCCUCCGUGAAUAUGAAUAGCAGCCCAUUAGCAGGUCCAGAGUGUGAGCACCCCAAAAUCAAACCUUCCGCAUCGGCCAAUGCCAUUUAUUCCCUGGCUGCCAGGCCUCUUCCUGUGCCCACGCUGUUGCCCGGGGCGCAGCGUGAGAGCGAGGAGGACGCCGAGUACAUGACUCCCUCCUCCAGGCCCCUGGGCCUUCAGAAGCCAGAGGGGAAGCAGCCCUUCGAGACCGCCCCGAGCCUACGAGCGGGUGGCGGUGACCAGCAGGCGGACGGCAGCACCUAUGAAGCCAUGUACACCCUGCAGCCCCCGGGGGCACCGGCCGGCGCAGAGGGCAGCUCUGCCGGUGAAGGGAACGUGGCUGCAGCCCCUGCCGGCGUUGGCCCCGAGGAAUGGGAAAACGAAGAUGAGGGCUACGAUGUCCCUAAGCCGCCCGUGCCCGCAGUGCUGGCCCGCCGGACACUCUCCGACAUCUCGAACGCCAGCUCCUCCUUCGGCUGGUUGUCUCUGGAAGGCGGCCCCGUGGACUUCGCGGAGGGUUCCCCAGUUCCCGAGAGACCCCCCAAGCCGUUCCCUCGGAGAAUCAACUCUGAGCGGAAGGCAGGGCCGGGCCAUCCAGGUGCCGCCGCGGCCCCCUCGCCGCGGCUCUCCAGCGAAAUCGAGAGCCUCCUGAGCCAGGGCUACUCCCACCAGGACAUCCAGAAAGCCCUGCUCAUCGCGCACAACAACAUCGACAUGGCCAAGAACAUCCUCCGCGAGUUCGUGUCCAUCUCUUCUCCCACCCACGUGGCCACCUAGCGCCCCUCCGCCUGCGCUGGCGAGGAAGUGGCUGGGCUCCUCCCGGGGCCUGGGCAGGGCUCCUGGAGAUUUCGCAGUGAGGCCAGCCCUGCCGUGGCAUCUCUGUGGCUAGAAUUUCAAAGCGGUGGGUGACAGUGGAGCGGCUGGUGGUGGUGGAUUGGUUGGGGGAGUGCGUUGGAAGGCUCUCAGCCCCACCUGGAGCAAGUGGGGAUUUUUAUAAAACAAGUAGCCCGCCUGCCCGCCCACCUGGGAGCGACCCGGAGAGCAGUGAGAGGCAGGGCGCUACGCUCAGUCGAGUGGAAGACUUGGGGCUUUCCUGGGUUAAGACUGUGGUUGUGUACGUCUGUCUGUCUGUGGCGUGUGUCUGAUUGUAAGACGAACCUGCUGUCUCUGUUAAUCCCAGGCAGGGGAAAUCAGCACAAAGGGUUUCGGAAGGAACCGUGUUAAAACUUCCCUACGCUGUGGUACCCCCCAGCCUCAGCACUCCCUGGCGGGCCGCACGCACAGCUUACCUGUGUUUUAGAGCCCUCGCCUGCCCCCGCCUGCCCCCGCCUCCCCGUCUCCUCUCCUUCCGCUUGCUCACAGGAGGCUUUUUAGUGCGCGUGUGGUGCCGGUUGGUGUGGAGCCGUGGGAAGGAUGCUGUCAUUGCAGUCACUGGAUCUGAGUAGUGGACUUGUCGCUCCAAGCGUCGUUUCUAUGGGAACAUCCAUCGACUCUGUCAAUCAGGUGUCUCAGUGACCGUGACUGCAGAAGGCUGCCUUGUGGGCGAGGCCUCCCCGGGCAUGAGUCGGGGUGCGGCCCUGUGCGGGGGGGGGGGGGGGGGGGGGGUGCGUCUGCUGUGGGCAGGCGUGUUUCUACCGCCCGGCAGGAGAAGCGUUGGUCCUCAGUGGGCUUCCGGCUGAUGCCCUGAAGCUAAGCCUCCGCACGUGCUCUUGACCUUGUUGUCCAUAAAAUGCACAAAACAGA